CCGCGUAUCACCACCCCAUACCGACACAAUGGCCGCCACAAUCUCCCACGACCUCGCCUGGACAGUCACCAAGGGCCACAGCGCCACCCUCGUCAAGAGGGCCAACGGCGUCCAGUUCUCCCGCGACCCGCUGAACCUGAGGAACAUCUACAGCCGCCAGAACGAGGGCCAGAUUGCCGACAAGGCCAUCGGCGUCAUCGCCUCCGAGAACGGCGGUGUCACCCUCCUUAUCAAGAAGGCCGACAAGCACCACCAGCCCGCCCGCUCCACCCAGUCCACCACCUUCAGCGCCUCCAAGGGCUCGCGCAAGAUCUACUCCGCCAUCGUCAACUCGACCGCCAAGCGCAACUACCGCCCCGACCUCCGCAAGGACGCCGUUGCCCGCGCCUCGGCCAUCCGCAAGGCCGGCAAGCCCGUCAAGGCCUCGCCCGCCCAGAAGCUGCGAGGCGCAAAGGCACAGAAGGCCGCCGAGGCCUCCGCAUAGAUUACGCACACUGACUGAUUGUGGCUGUGGCUGUGCGCGCGCUGGGAUAGAGGACGAGGAGUUCGCUGCUUUUGGGAAUGGAUCGCAUCGACUGGGAUGCGUCGACGAAGUAUACGAGCGAGGUCGAUAAGACCAGCCGGAAAUGAAAAUGCUUCGAAACCCACUGCACUGCACAACGGACUGGAACAGUGAUGCUGUAUGCGAUGCCGGUCUACAUCUUUCGCAAACCGUAGUGUGAAGAUUUUGUCGCGUCAAUUGUGCUAUUGUCGCAAGACCAGCGCAUGCUCUGCUGUAGCGUUUACUCUCCAGCUUCUCCCACACUUUACUCUCCAGCUCCUCCCACACUUUACUCUCCAGCUCCUCCCACACUUUACUCUCCAGCUCCUCCCACA